AUGCCAAAUACGUGGAUUGCCAAUUACCUUAUCCCCGAAGACUCUGUCAAGAUCGGUCGCUUCGUCCUCGAUGUCGAAAAUCCACAGCAAGAUUUCCGGGGUCCAGAUAAGGACUGCUCUCUCGAGAAAGAUGUGACUGCUUUGCGAGUAGAAGAUUUUCGCGAUACAGUGGGGCAGUCCAAAAGUUCCGGGUUCAAGAUGUUUCUAUCGAAACUCCUUACUACGUCUUACAGCAUUCGCGAGGAUCUAACAACCGAGAUAAAGUCGGCGGUUUGCAUGACAUACCAGUUGAACAACUCUGGAGACUAUUUUAACAACGCCUGCAAGUCUGAUUCUACUCGUGAGUGGUUGGAGAAGGCUAUCAGGAGAGGGAGGAAAGUUUAUCUAGUCGUCGGUAUCAAAACCUUGGCAGACGCGCAUAUCACUGUUGGAGAGAAAAUAUCGAGAGGGACCUCAACCAGUUCCGAACUUUCGGGACGUUCGCUUUCAGGAACUACUCUUCCCGUCGGAUCCAGCCUUGACCUUGGGGCCUCAGGGUUACAUAUCACAGAAUACAGCAAAGCUGGGGAAUACGUGGUCCCUGGGGUGCAAAUCUUCGCAGUUCAAUACCGAAGAGUAGGCUUUCCGUUGUUUUCCAGACAUAAUCUUGAAAAAGCAGAACUGCAAGAUGGCAACCGAUGGGAGGUAUACCUGGGUGGAAGAGGAGAGGCGGAUGGUGUGCAGAUUGUUGAACCGCAAAUGCAAGCUGAUGCUGGAGAGGAGGACUUGGAAGGUUAUUGCGAUUGCGAGGCCUUCUUGUUUGGAGAAGAUGAGAUUCUUUAUCUGUCUUGA